AGUACUUCAUUGACAAAGGGAUUCACUCAAAGUCGCUUGCAGUCAUCAAAACGAGAGCAAAGUUCUUAAAUAUUGACAUAGUCACUGGAUCUUAUGAGGACUUUGUUUUAACUGAUGAUAUAUGUGGAGUGAUGUUACAGUAUCCUAAUAACGAUGGUAUCAUUAACAAUUAUAGUGACAUCCAAGCUAAAGGAUUGAAGAUAAUCCCAGUUGCAAUGGCUACAGAUCUCCUAGUCCUCACUCUCCUCAAGUCUCCUGGUGUAUUAGGUGCUAGUAUUGCCUUUGGUAACAGUCAAAGGUGUGGGGUGCCAACAGGUUGUGAUGGACCCCAUGCUGCAUUCUUUGCUGUUAAAGAUGAACUCAAGAAACGAAUGCCUGGAAGAUUAGUGGGGAAGAGCUGGGAUCAAUGUGGUGUCCCUACCUGGAGACUAGCACUACAGACAGGAGAAUAAUAGUUCAUUAGGAGAGAAAAAGCCACCAGUAACAUAUGUACUGCACAAGCACUGCUGGCUAAUGUAUCAGCUAUGUAUGCAGUGUAUCAUGGACCCAAAGGAUUGAAGGAUAUUGCAAUGGAAGGGCAUAAAGCUACUGUACUCUUAGCUGAAGGUCUGAGACUGUUAGGUUGGACUAUUAAUAAUGAAACGGUCUUUGAUACAAUAAUAAUAUCAAAUGGAGACAUUAGCACUCAUGAAUACAGAAGAGAUGUGACAAGAAGAACUAUGGAGAUGGAACUAUUAGUUUAUGGUGUUUCGCUGGAUGAGACUGUCAUUGGCAGUGAUUUAAUUCACUUACUGUAUGUGUUUGGAGCUAAUGAAGAAGAGGCUGCUAGUGUCCUGUACAGUGUAUCUGAUGCUGAGUCUAAUGUUAGUAUCACUGGUAGUGGCCAUGAGAGGGAAAAACCUUAUCUAACUCAUCCUGUCUUCAGUUAUCCUUCAGAGACUAAGCUGUUACAUUAUAUAAAGGGGCUUUAGAGCAGCUGUAUCACUCUAUGAUACCACUGGGAUCAAUAUGGUGUCUCCACCUACAGACAAGAGAACAGUUCAUUAGGAGGGAGAAGGCCACCAGUGACAUAUGUACUGCACAAGCACUGCUGGCUAAUGUAUCAGCUCUGUAUGCAGUGUAUCAUGGA